AUGGUCAACUCCUGUGGCUCUGUCUGCUCUGAGGAGGGCUGUGGUCAAGGCUGCUGCCAGCCCAGCUGCUGCCAGGCCACCUGCUGCAGGACCACCUGCUGCCGCCCCAGCUGUUGCAUCUCCAGCUGCUGCCAGCCCUGCUGCCAGCCCUGCUGCCAGCCCAGCUGUUGUGUGUCCAGCUGCUGCAGGCCAUCUUGCUGCAUUUCUAGCUGCUGCAGCCCCUCCUGCUGUCGCCCUAGCUGCUGUGUGUCCAGCUGUUGCAGACCCAGCUGCUGCAGGCCUUCCUGCUGCCGCCCCUGCUGUAGCAGUUCCAGCUGUUGUGGAUCCAGCUGCUGCCGCCCCAGCUGCUGCAUUUCUAGCUGCUGCAGGCCUUCCUGCUGCCGCCCUAGCUGCUGCAUGUCCAGCUGUUGCAGACCCAGCUGCUGCAGGCCUUCCUGCUGCCGCCCCUGCUGUAGCAGUUCCAGCUGUUGUGGAUCCAGCUGCUGCCGCCCCAGCUGCUGCAUUUCUAGCUGCUGCAGCCCCUCCUGCUGUCGCCCUAGCUGCUGUGUGUCCAGCUGUUGCAGACCCAGCUGCU